UUGUCAUGAAAAAAUACAAGCAACUUAAUAUUUAACUUCAUUAAAAAUUAUAAAAUUUUCUAUUAUGUCUAACACAUUUGAAGAUUUCAAAAGUAAUUUUGCCGAUGCUGAAUGGCAAUUUUGGUGUAGACUCUGUGCUAAAGACGAUGUACGAAAUAUCAAUAUAUCUCCAGAACAAAACCAAACUCCAGUUCACAGACCUGCUGCGGUUAUAGAUUUUAUAGCGGAGUUUUUUGAAGUUCAUAUACGGCAAAAUGAAAAUUUACCACAUUGGCUUUGCGCACAAUGCUUCUCGUUGGUUUCCUCCUUGUCCAAAUUCAAAAAACAAGUUAACAAAGUACAGAGUAUGUACAAUGAAAUACAAAGUUCUGGCAACAGAAAUGUUAUAGAUUUUCGAGUAAUACGAGAUAGAUACAAUAUACUUGAGUAUGAGUUCGUUAUGUUUAAUAGGUCGGAUACAAAGUCAGCUAUUGAAAAUAUCUUUGUUGCCGAUGCACCAGAAAUAGUUGUACACAACUCCUUGGAUAAUAUUGUGAAGAGUGAAAUCAUAUCGGACGAGUUGCAGAGUGGCAUCUUUCUUAAUGAAAGCGAAUAUAAUAAUGAAUUUCAAGAUCCAAUUGGUGAUGUAAUUGCAAAUCCUACUGAUGAAGUAGAGAGUAAUAUUUCCUUUAACAAUAUUAAAGAAGAUAGUGAGUCCGAACCAAAUGGAAAAGAAUGCAAGAAACCCAAUCGGAUGAAAAGGAAACUAAAUUCUUCGGAUCAAGAAUCAAAAACAGUCAAAUUCUUCUGUAACGAAUGCUCACUACAUUUCAAAAGGAGUAGCAAUUAUUGCAUACAUAUGAAGAAAAAACACGGUAUUGACAUAGAAAGAGAUCCUUCUUCUUGUUUUUCUUGUCCGCAAUGUUCACGAACUUUCAAAUCUAGAUUUAAAUUGAAUCGUCAUAUAAAAAUACAUCGACCUUUAGCUGAGAAGCGUAUAUUUCCAUGUCCACAAUGUGAUAGAAAAUUCCAAACUAAGGAUUAUGUUUUCCGACAUAUAAAAUUUGUACAUGAAGAUAUACGUCCAUUCAUUUGCGAAGAGUGUGGUGAGUGUACACGUACGGAAGCUACACUACGGGAGCACAUGCUUAUACAUACCGACUAUGCACCCUUUGAAUGUGAAGUUUGUAAGAAAGGAUUUAAAAAUCAAGCGCGUUUAAAGAAUCAUAUGGAGAUGCACAGCGAUCAUAAACAUAUAUGCAGCGAAUGUGGCUUAGAAUUGAAUUCGCGUGUAACCUUGAAUCGUCAUAUGCUUGUUCAUUCUGAUGAGAUGCGCCAUAAGUGCGAUUAUUGUGGGCGUGAAUUCAAACGAGCGAAAACUUUAAAAACUCACUUAAUACUUCAUAGUGGCUUAAAACCAUAUUCAUGUGACUUCUGUGACAAAACGUUUGCCAAUGGCUCAAAUUGUCGUACUCAUAAAAGAAAGUCGCAUCCCGAAGAAUUGGCGGCUUUAGAGGCUUCCGGAGAAAAGAAAUUCACCAAAAAUAUCCCUAAAUUAGCGGUUUUAAAGACAGUUACACGCACAGCUGAGAAUCUACUUCCCGUGGUAUCCAAACAAAGUGGAAAUUUUUCUUUCGGCAAGAAACCGAAACCCCCAUCUAGUUGUAAAGAUGAAACACAACAAUAUAUUGAAAAUAAAACAUAAGUGCAUGUUAUAACGGAA